UAGGCACACAGUCUCAUGCCGCUUAGUCGUCGUAAACACUAAAAGUGAAAGUUUUUGACUUUUUGUUCAAUAAACCUGAUUGAUUAAUAGUUGAGUUUUUGGCAAAAUAAAAUUUAAAAAAAAUGUCGGAUCCAGAAUUGGAACAGCUUCGUCAGCAACGUCUAGCCCAAUUGCAAGCACAACAAAAGGGCCAAGAUGGCAGCAAUCAACAACAAGCUAUGGAAGAAAAAAAACAACAGAUGGAAGAUAUGCGAAACUCCAUUCUUAGUCAAGUACUCGAUCAGAAUGCCAGAGCUCGACUAAACACAUUGAGUUUAGGAAAACCAGAAAAAGGGAAAAUGGUGGAAAAUAUGAUUUGUGCUAUGGCACAAAGAGGACAAAUUGCCAAUAAAAUUGGAGAGAAAGAAUUAAUAAGUAUCUUAGAAAGUAUAAAUAGACAAACAAGUUCAACGACGUCAAAAGUAAAGUUUGACCGACGCAGAGCAGCCUUGGAUUCAGAUGAUGAUGAUUUGUAGCAUUAGUUAAACAUUGUUUCAUAUAAUGCACGAGUAAAAGGCAAAUGUAUGCUCUAAUUAUGCACGAAUACAAAAACAUUGAAGACUUUACAUGAUUUUUUGUCUUGUUAUAAAACUACUUUUAAUAAGUACAAUUUUUAAGAAUACAAGGGUACUCUUCUCACUCACUUUUCACUCACCAAUAAAAUUAAAAUGUUCUUAAUGCGAUGAAUGUAAACUUGUAAAAAAUGUAUUGUUACAGUUUUUAGUUUCAAUAUAGGAUUUUUUCUUUUCUUUGCUGGAACAUGAA